GACAGCACUUCCCAGGACGAAAGCAUUCACAUGCGGGCGCCUGCGUUGCCUCCCUGCAGGGCCGUGAGGCUUCUGACUACAGCGCUGUUUCUGCAGACAGUUUCAGUGGCUACACAGGAUGAAAGGAUCAUUGGAGGGCAGGACUGUGAUAAACAUGGCCAGCCCUAUCAGGUCAUCCUAUCCAACAGCCGGAAAAAUGGGCCAGAUGUUCAGUGUGGAGCAGUCCUGAUAGAGAGGGAUUGGGUGCUUACUGCUGCCCACUGUGACACCCAAGGAGACAUCCACACACGGAUGGGAGAUCACAGCCUGAGAGCCAACGAGGGGUCGGAGCAGUGCAUCACAUCAGCACAGAAAUUCCCACACCCGGGCUAUAACCCGACGACUCACGACAACGACAUCAUGUUGCUACAGCUGCGCAAUCCCGCCAACAUCAACGAAUAUGUCAGGCCCAUUGCACUGGCUACGGAAUGUGCUGCCCCUAAUACUCGCUGCCUGGUGUCUGGCUGGGGCACCGUUGAGACCCCAAAAUCAGAGUUUCCCGACAUCCUGCAGUGUGCAGAGGUUUACACGAUGUCAAAUGAAGAGUGCAGACGGGUCUAUACUAAUAUGAUCACUGACAACAUGCUGUGUGCUGGCGUCAGGAAAGGAGGGGUGGACUCUUGCCAGGGUGACUCUGGCGGACCUUUGGUGUGUAACAAUAAACUCCAGGGCAUCGUCUCUUGGGGGAUGCAGAUCUGUGCACAGAGAGGGCAGCCCGGAGUGUAUACCAACAUCUGCAGAUUCACAGGGUGGAUUCAGGACACUAUACAGAGGAACUCGUUUAACCGUGAUGCGGGCAGCUGCUAGUGAGAGGGGAGACAGUCUUGCUGGCACCAC